AUGAAUUUCAUUGCGAAGCAUUUCUUCGAAUAUCAAUCUUUCAUGAACAUUCCUCAUAAAGCAGUACACCUUCACAAAGUGCCUGCCUCUCAAGCUGGAACAGAUCCAUCAAUGGGAUGGGCUCCGAAGAACAUGCUGAAAGCAGGAAAACACCAACCUGCUCCAGGUGCUCGAGCCAAUCGAGUCCAUCGAGAUCCCCGUCCAAAUGGUACAAAAUACGGGCGAGCGGGAAGACACGAACACAGAGAAUGGGGUGAUAGACAUGGAGAGUUGAGGGAUGAGAAGGUUGCUUGCCACAAAGAUGCGUGGACGAAAUUCCUUGCCAAUGAUGAUCAGGGAGCAAGAACAGCGUUUGAGUGUGAUUUUGAAGAUAGAGUGUUGGCGACUGAAGAGGAAACUCUCCAGGAGAAACUGUGUCGAACAUCUCCAGAAGCGAUGAAUCUGAACGCUCUCUAUGCAGCAGCCAACAAAGCAGUCAGCUGUGGAGGAGAAGCUUGUGAACUUCUCACAAUUCUCACUUAUGCUCCAACGGUUCAAUUUGUAACAGCAACUGUCAAGAAGGCCAAAGCUCUUCCAUACAACAAUGCUCCAUUUGCAAGAAUCAUGUUGUUCGAGGGACGACGGCUGGUGGAGCAGAAACAGACAACUGUCAAUCCAUCAUUGGUUCAUAAGUCUUCAGUGGAUGGCUCGAAACCCUCUUCGUCGUCUGCAUCCACAUCUUCAAACGACAACCCUUCCGACGCUUCAUUUUCGGAAUCUUUUCUCUUCCACGUUCCUCCAACUAAACUAGAUAGAUCUCAUAUUGUGAUAGAACUAUACGACCAUGACGAUGAAGGAGGCCUUCAGAAAAUCGGUCACUGUGUAAUCGGUCGUCUCGUCGACGGCUCAGGGAAUGCUCACUGGCUUCAGAUGGUCCGUCAACAUGGAUUACCCGUUUGCAUGUGGCACAAAAUUGGUCCACAUUGA